AUGCUGAAAGGUGCAGAUGAUUCUGUUAUGGAGCAGGAGGACUCUGCUUCCCGACAUGGAGAAAUGAUGAGUUGGGAUAUCAAUGAUAUCAAACUUCCCCAGCACGUGAGCCAGACAGACUGGUUUCAAGAAUGGCCAGAUUCCUAUGUAAAGCACAUCUAUAGCUCAGAGGAUAAAAAUGCUCAGAGGCACCACAGCAGCUGGGCAAUGAGAAACACCAACAACCACAACUCUCGCAUCUUAAAAAAGUCCUGCCUUGGGGUGGUGGUUUGUGGUAACGACUGCUCUACCUUGGAUGGGAGGAAGAUCUACCUCAGACCGGCCAUAUGUGAUAAAGCCAGGCAAAAACAACAGCGGAAAUGCUGUCCAAACUGCAAUGGACCACUGCGACUUCUUUCCUGCCGAGGCCAUGGUGGUUACCCAGUUACCAACUUCUGGAGGCAUGAAGGCCAAUUCAUAUUUUUCCAGUCCAAAGGAGCUCAUGACCACCCACGUCCAGAAACAAAACUAGAAGCAGAAGCAAGAAGAUCAAUCCAAAAAGCAAAGACAGCUUUUUCUCCAUCUGCUCUAAGACUAAAAAGAGUCCAGGAGAUUGAGUCUCUGCCAGGUUCAAUGCCGACAAAGGAGCCUUUGCUUCUUUCCAACCCGGAUGCUCACUUGCCACCUGCUAAUUUCAGGGGACAUUUAAGCACAAGCUGGCAGGAGCCAACGCUGAGCAGCUGCUCUGGGCAGUUUCCAUACCCAAGGACACCUGGAGAGGAUGGGCCCUCCGGAGAGGCACCGGCUUGGAGCCGAGGCCUGUCCCUCAGCAGCGCCCCCCGAGCCAAGGGGCCGAGCGGUGUCCCUGCUGUGCCCAGCACGGCCUCUCCUCCCCUGCCGGCCGCCCACCUCAGCGCCCAGCACAUCCUGCCCGGGACAAAGGGCGGUCGUGACCCCUUCAGGUCUGACGGGGGCCCUUUGGGAGAUGGAUCCUGUGGGGAGAAAUCCCCACUGACCUACAGCGGCAGCUGCUUCCCUCUGCCGCCCUACCCCGCGCCCUGCGCCAUGGCGAGCGGGGCACAGGCUCGCCCGCAGCUCUCGCUGCCUCCGAGGGGAAGCGACGGAGACGGGUGGGGGAGGGCACCAAGUCUGUCUCAGCUAUUGCAACAACGAUAUGUUUUUUAA